UUAUAAAUUAUGUGCUUUGAUUCAAACUCGUCACUCCAUUACCGCUGGAUCCCUUGCACAAAAGUUCCUCGACGCGUUGUGCGGCGGCGACAUUAAAACGGUCGACCAGCUCUUGUCCGAUGAAUCCACAUGGACUUUCCGCCCCGCUUCGUUGCAGAUCCCGACUAGGACCAAGAGAGAACUCAUGCUGCAAUUUCAGCAACUGGGGGGGUUCUUCACCUCGGUAUCACUACAUUCCGGGGGUACCUAGACCCCGAAGGGGUCUAGGAGAGUAGUCACCCAUAGUCCCUUGAGCGAGACUACACGUGUAGACACCAUGGUGAGUACGGGUGCCUACAUGGG